AUCGGGGAAGCCCGUCCACCCUGCGAGCCGCAGGAUUUCCUUCACACACCAGAAAGAGCGAAGGCUGCGCGAGGGAUCGGGCUCCGAAAAACACACCCGGCUCGUCACGAUCAUCAUCAUCAUGAUGCCGCUGCGGACGAACAAGGGCUCGAAACACACACGCGUCGGCUGGAGGGAGCGACGCCGCGGUUCUGCAUGGAAGUGAACGAGCGGUGUGUGACAUUCCUGCUGCGGGGGAUGUGUGCAGCGACGCGAUGCCGCCCUACAGCCUCUACCCCUGUCUCCUCUUCUACUGUAUAGGGUACCUCCUUGGAUCGGUGCACCGGCGCUGCGGGGGGACCAUAGAGCUCGUGCGGGAGAAGAGCGGCCACAUCGACUACUCGCUGCCGCCGGGAAAUGAGUCGGAGCCGCGGAGCCGCGCGGACCCGGUGCGCUGCACGUGGCUGCUGAGAGCGCCGCUCGAGCGGGAGCUCCGGCUCCUCGCGCUGUCCGUGAGCGGCGGUUCCCGCCUCUGUGUGGCUUCGGAGCGCGGCGGCGGCGGUGACGGCGGCAGCGACGGCGAGGCGGUGUGCGCGAGCGGGAGCUCGAGCCUCUUCUCGGGUACCGGCAGCACCGUCGUGUCCUGGACUUCCAGCAAUGCGACUGUGAACUGGACCCAGUCGGUACACGUCUUUUUCACCGACUGGAAUGAAGCCAGGAAUUCUUCUGAGGAUAUGAGUGAGUUUUGGACUGUGACAAAUUUCACCACGUUCACAGCGACGCCCUCUUCAGAAACGUCGGGAGCUCCCGGAGGUACGGCAAAGCCCUGGUCCUCACCGUCUUCAUCGGCAGAGCUGCGCCACAAGAGCAGGACUUACCCCACCGUGAGGGUGGGAAAACAAGGUGCGGGGCAUGGCACCACCGUCACUGCAUUCCAGAGCUCGUCGUCAGGCCCCUCCCCCUGGCUUGGCCCGAGCUUGUCUGCUGUAUCUGAUAAGGAAAUGGCCCCCCUCCCUCAGGAAGGCAGAGACAAUAACCCGGACACGUCUGUCGAAGCUCUUGGCGUUUCAGACCUCUCUACCACUCUAAGCUCCAUGGCCGAGAGUGAUGGGCAAGCAGGGGAUGUUGCAGAAUUACACCAAAAUGACUCAGAAGUUCAGGAUUUUAGAAGUGAGCAAAAACCGCCUUUUGUCCUGCAAUCCUCCACACAUUCAUCAAAGUAUGGCGCUGGUGCCGCUCAGUUUGUUUCUUCUAAGGGGGAUUCCAGCAUCACUGCUAGCUCUGUUCACAAGAUCCCACCAAGGUCUACCUUGGAAACCUUUAGCCAGAAGGUCGGUAGGAGCUCUGAUGCCACUUUUACCACAGACCCUUUAGUGGAUGACCAUCAGGAUGGUGUGGGUAUGGUCCAUCCCAGUCCUUCUGAAGAUACCCCUUCUGAGGCUAACACUCAUAUAAUUUUCAAAUCCAAAUUCUCCCCAACCAAUCUGAGCCCUGGACAUUCACCUGAAUAUCAUCUCACCACAAUGUUUGGAGAUGAUCCCAAGAGCAGCGCCUCUGUCCAAAACGAUAACAAACACUCUUUGUUGAACAGUCUUCCUAGCACAGUUGAGCCAAAAGCCAAGGAGCUCCACUCUGUGUCUCCUUCCACUCCCAGCAGCACCCUUGGGCUCAUCCAUGGACUGACUGGAUCUACUGGCUCUGAGAAACCUUUGCUGGGGGGAUCACAAACAGUCACUCAGCAAGAGUCUUUUGUGAAGCCCAAGCUGGAAGAGACAACAUAUCCUGGGAAUGAAGUGGAUCAGAUGGUAAAUAAGGAAACUUAUGGAAGCACUAAGGGGUUUCAGACCAGCACUGGAACUGUGGACUUUCCAGGAUUUUCCACCAUCAAGACAAGAGGUAGUACUGAGGCUGAGAUCUUGAAGACCUCUAAUCCAAGUGUUUCUGGGACAGACGUCACUACACUGCCAGACAGAACAGAGGAUUUAAGUCUUAUAUACGUGUCCAAAAUUUUUGACAACGUCACAUCCGAGGAUACAGAAGCUCCUUUGCAAAGUACACAUCCAGUUGUCCCUUCUGGUCAGACUGCAUCAAACACUCCUAAUGCAAAUUUAGACAAUACAAGGACGUACGGUGUGACAUCCUUCACGGACUCCGAGAUCACAUCUGGUACAAACGUGGACCAAGAGUCGACCAAUGUGGGUAAAACUGACUUUCAUCUCUCUGUGCCCCAUAGCACAACACUACACCACAGCUCCAUGUCCCCACAUUACACUGAAACUCAGACAACACUUCCUGAAUUUAGUAGCUCCACCUCGACGGAUAGCCACAGUCCCACAUCCUUCUCCGGUACUUACAUGUCCGACUUCUCUUCUUUCCCUCGAAGCUCAACUAACUCAGCCCAGAUCUUUGACAGUUCAACCUCUACCUUGUCACUGCCCACCAGUGGAGGCUCAAAAGCUGCAGACUACACCGUUCUUAGCACAGGAGGUCCCCAUGUGGCCCCCAACACACCUGAGGAUGAAUUUAGGACUCUGGCUCGGAGCACCACAGGGGUUCUCUUGGAGCUGACCAGCAGCUCCAGCUUCGCCUCCCCGUCUCCUACGUGGAAUCCUGAUACCUCUCAGGAGGGAACUCACACAAUUAGCGGGGGACAUUCUGAGAGAGAAGGCACUUACACUGAAGAUGCAACAGUGGCAUAUUCUCACACUCUGCCCCCAAUGCGCACGGUCACAAUAAACUCUGAUUCUGGUGGAACAGUGACGGACUCCACCGGAGGCUUCCCUUCCAUUUCUCCAGGUAAGGAGGUGAGCACUGUUAGAGCCUCUGUCUCUCCAUCACCAAACGGCACUGUGGUUGCUCCCAAAGUUCCCGAAGAGGUCUUUACAGCAGUGCAAGGCGGCAUGGGUGGAACGAGGUCCGAGGCCUGUCCAGACUGCACAGCCAGCCUUCCGGUCCUCGUCAGUCAUACAGUCACUAUGACGACGAGUUCAACCAGCCAAAGUUCUGUCAGCACAACUCAGCAAAGGACUACAGAUACACCUCAUUUCCAACACCAUCCCAAGAUGACCUCAGUUGCUCCCACUACCGUGUUGGACCCGGUAACCACUGGGAGAGCUACAGGCACGGCCUCUACAAACACCCCCCUGGACAGAACUCUAACAGCCUCCAGGUCCCCAACGAAACCACUCCCAGGCAAGGUCUUCGUUGUGGAGGACCAGCCUGCCAUCAUCAAAGAAGAAACAGUGCGGCUCCUCCUGCAGAUUGUACUGGCGCCCGACGACCGUGGGGCCGGAGAUGCCGCUCACCUGGACAUGUCCAAGGAGGACGCAGUUGCAAAGGUGGACUCGUUCUUACGCAGAGCCCCGGGCUUCCAGGAUCUGCGGGUUUCGUGGACGAGCGAUGGGGCCGUCGUGCAGAGCAUCGCCACGUUUGGUACCGCUGGAGCGCUGUCCUGGCUCGGGGCGCCGGGGGCUCUGCUGGAGGAGACGGGGCUGAGGGAAGCUGUGAGCCAAGGCCUGUAUGUGAGUGGAGCCAAGGUGGAGAACGUCACUGUGGGCGGGCUGCACUCGGACCUCUGCCCCUGGCUCUUCCUAUGCCCUCCGGGCUUUCGCUGCGCUCUCAGCGGCCCGGGCAACGCCAGCUGCACGUCACUGUGCCACACGGACUAUUGCAAGAACAACGGCAUCUGCACGCAUCACCACGGCCAGCUGCCAGCGUGCCGGUGCCCAGUUGGGGAGGACUUCUGGUUCAUGGGCCGGCAGUGCGACUCUCAGAUGACACGCCAGAGGCUGGUCGGUGUGUGCCUGGGGGUCCUGUUCUGUGUGGCCGUGCUCAUGGGCGCCGUGUCUUUCCUGGUCAUACGACACUUCAAGGCCAUGCUGGUCCAGGCCAAGGUGGACCAGACGCGCAGCAGUUACCGACGGUUCAAUCACUUCGACGAGCUGUCGGGCAGGUUCUGGCUGCGCUCCUGGCCGGGUUCUGCGGAUUCGCUCGACAAUCCGGCCUUCAGUCACUCUGACGAGCUGCUCCACCUGAGGGCCCUUGACCGCACCUGCUGUUACCAUGACGACACCCUCUCCGUUGUCUCCACCUUCCAUGGCAGCGGAACUCAUCUUAACACAAUCUACGCCCACGGCGCCCAGUAUAACUGGGACCUGAGCGACGCCAGCAUCAACGAGUUCAUGGCCGACUCGGGGAAAGCCAGCGACCUGUCUGUGUGCAGCUGGCCCAUCGAGCCCAUCCAGUGGACGCCCUUCCCCCUGCUGCAGCAGCUUGGCGCCCACAGGCCGGUUCGGACAUCCCGGCCUCACUCCUACUGCGAGGGAAUGGAGCUGGUGGACCUGGAGAAAACCUGGACUGCUUAACACUACAAGCAAGAAGAACCAGAGUAAACCACAAACUAAACACGACCACAAAACACAGCUGGCUGUCCAAACGCCCUGCCCGGCAUCCGCAGCGAUGCUCCUUUUCUUUUCAGGAAGAAUUACACAUACCCUUACACCGUAACCUGUUCCAUACACACACCAAGUGCAAAUCCAAGGCUUUUCCUUUCAGUAUCUUCUAAUAUACUCUUAAAAUCAACCUGGUUUAUAUGUUCCACUUAACAUUUACUAAAAUUAAAAGUUCUGGAGUUCAAGAAUCUUUUGAUUAAUUCAUAUUUGGUAGAGCAUGUACUUAAUGGUUCAAUACUGGCAAGCCACGGUAAGGUCUGGGUAAUACUCAAGGUUUGUAAUAUACUUCCCAUUUAACAUGGAGAUUUUUUAUUUAUUUUUUUUUUACUUUUUUAAAAAAAAGUCAAAACAAAAAUUAAGGUCUGUGGCAUAGCCUAAUGCUGGAAUCUUCCAUUGAAACUUAAAUUUGUGCAUCAUUGUAGUAACUAAAUCAAUAUGGUUUGAAUAUAUACAUAUGCACACACUAUUUCCGCAUGUAUUUAAACUACCAGCAAGAGAUUACAUUCACCACCGUUCUAGCCUUCCAAACUCCUCAUUCAGAGAUUCUGCAUUUCAAGAGACAAACCUGCAUUCAAACGACGUCAACAAACAUGUACUGAGCAGCCAAAAAGUCAUGAUUUAUUAAUAUUGAGGAACUUCAGAUCUCAAAAUAACCAAACUGUACACAUUACAAUCACAAUCUAUUUGUAAACAGUUAAAAGCCACUUGACUUGUUGCAUCUUCAGACACAAUUUCGAUCAAGGCAAUGAAAUGUUGGUGACUUUUGCACUGUUAAAAUGUCAGCCUUGUAAGUUUAACUCUCAAACGACCAAGCAAGAUCCUAGUCCUCUUUUUU